AUGGGGACGGCCUCGUCGCUGGUGAGCCCCGCUGGCGGGGAGGUGAUCGAGGACACGUACGGGGCAGGCGGCGGCGAGGCCUGCGAGAUCCCGGUGGAGGUGAAGCCCAAGGCCCGCCUGCUGCGCAACUCGUUCCGCAGGGGCGCGGGAGCCGGGCCGGGGUCGCUGCCUCGAGGGGCGGGGGGAGGCGGGCUGGUGGGCGCCAGCUUCAAGUCCACCGGCUCGUCCGUGCCCGAGCUGGAGUAUGCGGCGGCCGAGUUCGAGCGGCUCAAGAAGGAGUACGAGAUCUUCCGGGUCAGCAAGAACCAGGAGUUGCUGUCCAUGGGCCGCCGAGAGGCCAAGCUGGAUACCGAGAACAAGCGGCUGCGGGCGGAGCUGCAGGCGCUUCAGAAAACUUACCAGAAGAUACUUCGGGAAAAAGAGGGUGCCUUAGAAGCCAAGUACCAAGCCAUGGAGAGAGCAGUCACAUUUGAACACGACAGAGACAGAGUUAAAAGGCAAUUCAAGAUUUUUAGGGAGACCAAAGAGAAUGAAAUUCAGGACUUACUGAGGGCCAAGCGGGAGCUGGAGAGCAAACUUCAGAGGCUGCAGGCUCAGGGUAUCCAAGUGUUUGACCCUGGGGAGUCCGACUCAGAUGACAGCUGCACAGACGUCACAGCUGCCGGAACCCAGUGCGAAUACUGGGCCAGCCGAGCCUUGGGAAGCGAGCACUCCAUAGGCAGCAUGAUCCAGCUUCAGCAGUCCUUCAGAGGCCCCGAGUUUGCCCACAGCUCUAUAGACGUGGAAGGCCCCUUUGCAAAUAUCAACCGAGAUGACUGGGACGCUGCUGUGGCUGGUUUGUUGCAGGUCACCCCCUUGCUCUCACUCUCCCUGUGGAGUCACUCAGUCCGAUGUUACCUCAUCUACACUGACGAAACCCAGCCUGAAAUGGAACUUUUCCUCAAGGACCAUUCACCUAAACUUAAAAGAAUGUGCGAGACAAUGGGAUAUUUUUUCCAUGCUGUUUAUUUUCCAAUAGAUGUUGAAAAUCAGUACCUCACGAUAAGGAAAUGGGAAAUUGAGAAGAGUUCUUUAGUUAUUUUAUUCCUUCACUCAACAUUGCCAAGCUUUUUACUGGAAGACUGUGAGGAAGCCUUUCUGCAAAACCCAGAAGGAAAACCGCGAUUAAUCUACCAUCGGUUGGAGGAUGGGGAAGGCACUUCCGACUCUGUCCAGCAGUUACUGGAUCAAGUUUCUAACCUAAGCAAGACCACCAAAGCCAAGAUCAUCCACCACUCAGGAGAUCCUGUGGAGGGAGUGUAUAAAGUUUACAUGGGUGUAGAAAAGAUCAUUAAGCAGGACAUCCUUGGCCUCGAGAACACAGAGGUGGAGGUGAAGGAUGGGGGCAGCGAGGAUUCCACUCCCGAAGAAGAUGAUUUUGGGGAUGUUCUAUGGGACAUACAUGACGAGCAAGAGCAGAUGGAAACGUUUCAGCAGGCCGCUAACUCAGCCUACGAACUGGGAUUCGAGAAGUAUUACCAGCGUCUGGACGAUCUGGUGGUGGCUCCAGCCCCGAUCCCACCCCUCCUGGUCUCUGGAGGACCAGGUUCUGGAAAGUCCCUUCUUUUAUCAAAGUGGAUUCGGCUGCAGCAGAAGCAUUUCCCCAACACACUGAUCCUGUCUCAUUUUGUGGGGCGGCCCAUGUCAACCAGCGCAGAGUCCUCCCUGAUCAUCAAGCGGCUCACUCUGAAGCUGAUGCAGCACUUCUGGGCAGUUUCUGCACUGACUCUGGACCCUGCUAAGCUUCUGGAAGAAUUCCCACACUGGUUGGAGAAGCUCUCUGCUCGGCAUCCGGGCAGCAUCAUCAUCAUCAUCGACUCCGUAGAUCAAGUCCAGCAAGCGGAGAAGCACAUGAAGUGGCUGAUUGACCCCCUGCCUGUGAAUGUCAGGGUCAUUGUUUCUGUGAAUGUGGAGACCUGUCCCGCAGCGUGGAGGUUGUGGCCUACACUGCAUCUCGAUCCUCUAAGCCCCCAAGAUGCAAAAUCCCUCAUAAUCUCAGAAUGCCGCUCUGCAGACGUGACGCUGAGUACAGAGCAGGAAAAGAAAGUAGAACAGCACUGCCGUCCCGCCACAACCCGCAACGCCCUCUACGCCACGCUUUUCAGCAAAAUGAUGGCAUGGGCCGGGAGAGCAGGCAACGUGGAGGAAGCCCUUCAUCAGUGUCUGCAGUGUCAAGACACAAUCUCACUGUACAGACUCAUUCUCCGCACCGUCAGGGAGGCGAUGCCAAGUGAUGUGGAUAAAGAGCUCAUGACCCAGAUCCUCUGCCUCAUCAACGUUAGUCACAAUGGCGUGAGUGAGUCAGAACUGAUGGAGCUGUACCCAGAGAUGUCCUGGCCCUCCCUGAUCUCCAUAGUUCACAGUUUACACAAAAUGUGUCUGCUGACCUACAGCUGUGGCUUGCUCAGGUUUCAACAUCUGCAGGCCUGGGAGACAGUGAGGCUGGAGUGCAUGGAGGAUGCUGCUCUCAUUUCUUCAUAUAGACAAAAGCUGAUCAGCUAUUUCACCUCGCAGCUCAGUCAGGACAGAGUGACCUGGAGAAGCGCCGAUGAGCUCCCCUGGCUCUUCCAGCAGCAGGGAAGCAAACAGAAGCUUCAUGACUGCCUCCUCAAUCUCUUUGUGUCUCAGAACCUUUACAAAAGAGGACACUUUGCGGAGUUGCUGAGUUACUGGCAGUUUGUUGGCAAAGACAAAGGCGCGAUGGCGACCGAGUACUUUGAGUCCCUGAAGCAGUACGAGAACUGCGAAGGCAAGGAGAACAUGCUGUGCCUGGCCGACCUGUAUGAAACCCUUGGCCGGUUUCUGAAGGACCUAGGCCUUCUCAGCCAGGCUGUGGUGCCUUUGCAGAGGUCCCUAGAAAUUCGGGAGACAGCGUUAGAUCCAGAUCACCCAAGGGUAGCCCAGGCCCUCCACCAGCUGGCCAGCGUGUACGUGCAGUGGAAGAAGUUUGGCGAUGCAGAGCAACUGUAUAAACAGGCCUUGGAGAUCUCGGAAAAUGCUUACGGGCCGGACCAUCCACACGCUGCUCGUGAGCUUGAGGCGCUGGCAACUUUGUACCACAAACAAAACAAGUAUGAACAAGCUGAACAUUUUAGGAGAAAAUCUGUUGUAAUCCGUCAGCAAGCCACAAGGAGAAAAGGCAGCCUGUAUGGGUUUGCCCUGUUACGCAGACGGGCUCUGCAGCUGGAGGAACUCACCCUAAGCAAGGACAAGCCUGAGAAUGCCCGAACCCUCAAUGAACUGGGUGUCCUCUACUAUCUCCAGAACAACCUCGAAACAGCAGAGCAGUUUCUAAAGCGUUCCUUGGAAAUGAGGGAAAGGGUUCUGGGCCCAGAUCAUCCAGACUGUGCCCAGUCCCUGAAUAACUUGGCAGCUCUUUGCAAUGAGAAGAAGCAGUAUGAUAAAGCAGAGGAGCUAUAUGAACGUGCCCUGGACAUCCGGAGACGAGCCUUGGCUCCUGACCACCCUUCGCUGGCCUACACAGUGAAACACCUUGCAAUCCUGUAUAAGAAGACGGGAAGAGUGGACAAAGCCGUACCUUUAUAUGAACUGGCUGUUGAAAUUCGGCAAAAGUCCUUUGGCCCAAGGCACCCCAGUGUAGCUACUGCCUUGGUGAACUUGGCAGUCCUUCAUAGCCAAAUGAAAAAGCACAGUGACGCCCUGCCACUAUAUGAAAGAGCAUUAAAGAUUUAUGAAGAUAGCUUGGGACGGAUGCAUCCUCGAGUCGGAGAAACACUGAAAAAUUUAGCUGUGCUCAGCUAUGAAGAAGGGAAUUUUGAAAAGGCUGCUGAACUAUACAAAAGGGCAAUGGAAAUAAAAGAAGCAGAGACAUCACUUUUGGGUGGAAAAGCUCCUUCAAGGCAGUCAUCAAAUGGAGACACGUUUAUCUUUAAGACAACUAAUUCUCCUAAUGUUUUCCUUCCCCAAGGACAAAGGUAACAGUAUCAAUUCUUUGCAAGAAUACCUCAGGCUUAAACAGUACCUGGAACAUUCUAAUUCAAAACUUAAUGCUUUUAAAGAAAAUCACUUUUCUUUUAACUUAGUGUUAUUUAACUGGUAUUUGUUUGAAGUUGUACUGGAUCACACUGAAUUGUUGUGUCAAGUUUAAGUUGAUUAAUGAACCCAUUUCCUAUGGGAUGAGAAAAUAUUCAAUGGCAUGAGGAGUUCGUUGGUUUCUGCAACAAGAGCUGGCAGGAGCCCGCUCUUUUUCUCCCUCAAGAGCAGCCUGAGCUCUGCUGUUCAUCCGUCUGUUCUCAGCAGGGCUCUGAUACAGUUCUCUACCUCAAAGAACUUUCAAGGACAAAAGGGAUGUUCAUGAAAGGUCUGAACUGCCUCCUGUGAAACAAAGUAGACAGGAAUUCUUGUUUGUAUUCUGGGUUUGUAUGUAAGGAUAUGCAUGCAUAGACAUGUGGAGGUCACAAGGUCAGCCUUGGGUAUCAUUCCUCAGUUGCUGUCUACCUUUUUUUUUUUUUUUUUUUUUUGAGGCAGGGUCUUGGUGACCUGAUGCUUAUUUAGCUAGGCUGACUGGCCUUCCAGCCUCCUAGUGACCUAUCCUCUUGCCUCCACCUCCUUAGACAGGAUUACAAGCUUCCAUUUCCAUGCCCAGCUUUAAAGUAGGUUCUGGAGGUUGAACUCGGGUCCUUAGGCUUACAUGGCAAAUGCUUCACUAACUGAGCUGUCUCCCCAGCUUGUACCAUGUGUGUGAAUCUGUGUAGCUCAGGGUGAUCAUGGACUCGUGGUCAUCCCUCCUCAGUGCUGGGACCACAGGUGCAUACCACACCUGGCUUGGCCAUUGAGUCUUCCUUUGCCCUAAGCUGAUUUAGUCAGCCCCUGCUUUCUGUGCCUCCAGGGUUAUCGCUGUGCCACACUGUGCUGCAGUGUCUGCUGGCAUCCACGCAACCACAGUAGUCAGGCUCCUUACCGUUCUGAUCUUCCUUAGUAUGGUACCAGCCUGCAAUCCCAGCUCCUCACAGGCCGAGGAAGGAGGUUCUUAAGGUCAGGGCCAGCCUAGAGUAUGGGGUAAGCUCAAGGCCAGCCUGGGCAACUUGUGAGACCUUGUCUCACAAUAGUAACGUAGAGCUGGAGACUCUACGUGGUAGUAUGCAUCAGGUCCUAGGUUUAGUCCUAAGCACACACACAAAAAGCCAUGACAAUUUCAUUUCUUUUUUAAAUGGUCUGAGUCAAUCUUGCUUUACCUCAAUUAGUUGUUGUUUUCAUCCUGAAAAUUAAAUAUUUUUAUAGAUUUUAUAAAUACUGUCACAUUUUAGAUAUUGUUAUUUGUAUAUUUAUAGUAAA